CUAUAGAAUCUCCACUUUUCAGUAUGGCAGCAUCGAAUUCAACUAUGGCUUCAGGGGUUGAGCAUAGCCAUGAUCAUCACCAUGACCAUGACCAUGACCAUGACCACCACCACCACCACGACUCAGGUAGUAAUUCAUGGGUAGGAAAAGAUGGGAGGGUGUACCAUAGCCACGAUGGACUCGCACCGCAUUCUCACGAACCCAUAUACUCACCUGGCUACUUCAGCAGACGAGCUCCACCUCUUUCCGACAGAGACUUCAAUGAAAGAGCCUUCACUGUUGGUAUUGGUGGACCCGUCGGCACCGGGAAAACAGCAUUAAUGUUGGCACUCUGUGAACAUCUUCGAGAUAACUACAGUCUUGCUGCUGUGACAAAUGAUAUAUUCACUAAAGAAGAUGGUGAGUUCUUGGUGAAGCACAAAGCUCUUCCUGAGGAAAGGAUACGUGCUGUAGAAACUGGGGGCUGCCCGCAUGCCGCGAUUAGGGAGGACAUCAGUAUUAAUCUUGGACCAUUGGAAGAGCUUUCAAACGUAUACAAAGCAGAUAUACUUCUGUGUGAAUCUGGAGGAGAUAAUCUGGCUGCCAAUUUCAGCAGGGAACUCGCUGACUAUAUCAUUUACAUAAUAGAUGUAUCCGGUGGCGAUAAAAUUCCUCGGAAAGGUGGUCCUGGAAUCACACAGGCUGAUCUCCUUGUGAUAAACAAGACUGACCUUGCAGCAGCUAUUGGAGCUGAUUUGGCAGUCAUGGAAAAGGAUGCUCUUCGGAUGAGAGAUGGGGGGCCAUUUGUCUUUGCACAGGUGAAGCAUAAGGUUGGGGUGCAAGACAUUGUGAAUCAUGUUUUGCAGGCUUGGGAAAGAGCUACAGGGAAGAAACGUCAUUGACAUUUUCUUUGAAAUGCAGCUCCCUCUUAUGUCUGUCUUUUCAUGUUAGCAGCUUCGAAACUAUGAUGUUCCCCGUGUAAACUGGACCUCUUUUGUUGUGUGCCUUAAUUCAUCUUGGUGGUCUUUGAAUAGACAGAUUAAACAGUUCGCAUUUUAAGCACAGUCAUUGGCUUGAAUAAAUUCACUUUUAGGUUCAACAA